AUGGACGGCGAAGAUGAACUUGUGAGUUCCAUGCCAGUACGAUAUUCGAAUAAAUUAUCCCUGCAUGUCCAUCAAUUCCCGCUCCUCACUCGACCUCUACAAGUGCCUCCCUCUGCAGCAGCCAGUGGAAAGCGUAUAGCCGCGCGAAUCAAGCCAAAGGUACGGAAAUUGGAAGUACAUGUCCCAGCAGAUACACGCCCGGAGGUUUGGAACCAUCAAAGAGGUUACGAUCUUGGGGCAGCCCAACUCGCAGACGACCGCGAGAAAAACCAGGAACAGAAGAGGGAAAGAGAUGAAGAAUCACGUUUGACAGAUGUUCGGAUGAGGAGUGAACAAAUUGCCCAGAAAGGCGUUUAUCUUCUUGGUAUAGUUCGAGAUGGCGAACUACACUUACACCCCAUCUCGGAGACCCACCAAUUUCGACCUACUUUGACGUACCUGGAUGUGCUGUCUCGAAAACACCGACAUCAUGCAGCUGACUCUGAUUCCGACUCUGACGGUGGUCCUCCGCCAGACCCUGAUGAACCGCCACCCGUUGUAGUAAAAAAAGAGAAGAAGCCCACCGUCGGUGAGACGAGAGAGGUACAUGUUUCGGCACGGAAAAUGGCAGAUGAUAAAACUGGACAACUUGCUCAACUGUCUACAGUACGAAGGGAAAUGUUGGCAGCAAUUCGGGCAGAUGAGGAUGAGGCAUGGCAGAACUUGGAAUACUUGGAUGCGACCACGAUGGAAUCGGAAGAAGCUUUUGAAAACCUUUUCUCGCAAAAUAGGGAGGAACUGACUUGUACCUCGGACAUGACUUCAUUUUUGAGAACCAUAGACGGGUUGUGA